CAAGGUCGUCCAGGUCACGGAGUCACCGAGACGUUCGUUUGUUGGCGGCCGGGUCCAUCUGGCGGGCAACGGAAGAACUGUUCAGUGUGGAGACCUUGAAACAGAGCAUUCUUUCCCCCCCCCCCACCGCCCAACGACGCCCAACCCGGUCCCCGGUGAGAGGAAACGUUCAACUUCAAAGCUUCAACGCCACCGGCCACUCGAUUUAAAGCUAACGAAGUAAUGCUACAUGAGUCACGGGAUUUAAGCUAGGCUAUAUCACUCAGCCAAAGAGUUCACGGUUUCCCAAACGAACAAUCACUUGUUAACGUUUCGCGUCUCGGCCUCACCGGUGUCGUUUAUUUAACAGAACACCAAUGUGUGUGUCUGUGUGUGUUCGUGUGUGUGUCACCACGUCAGGCCGACUCGGCCCACCCGCAAUGCUCAUCACUUCUCCCCGCGUGCGGGUGGAACUCAAGCCCCCGGGCGGGUCACCGAAGAAUAGCGAGUCGUUAAAUAUUCAUCCUCCGGUCCCGGUGGCACCUCGUUUUUUUUCUCCUCUCCACUGACCGACCCCUGCUGCUCCUGAGCCGGGAGCCUCGUCCGAGGUGAGGGGGAACCGUGUGAGUGGUUCCAAUAUAAACGGGACUGGCCGCAGUUUAGUUUUUGUGUGUUUUUUGUUAUUUUUAUUACUUUUUUUUUUUGCCCGGUAAAACGAUGGGGAACCGGGACUACGGAGCCCCGGUGCGCGUAUUCCGGAGGAAAGGAGCCUUCAUGGGGACCAGAUUUGGGCAGUGUGGAACUGCUUUGGCCAGGUGUACCUGUCCUCCAUCACAACCUGCAUAUACUGCUUGCACAAAGUCAACCAGGCAUAACUAAACCAAGAACUGUUUUAAAGGUUUACAGCAUCUUAAACAGAGAGCAUGGUGUGCUCCUAGGUGAUUGUGAAAAUGCCCAAGAAAGAUGCCAAGAAGGAUGCCAAGAAGGAUGCAAAGAAGGGUGGAAAACCUGAACCAGAGAAAAAGAAAGAGGAGGAAACGAAAGGGAAGGAUGACAAAAAGGGAGGAAAGGACAAUAAGAAGCCCAACAAGGACGAUAAAAAAGGUGGGAAAGAUGAUAAGAAGGGGGGCAAGAAGGGAAAGGAGGAGCCACCCAAGGGAAAAGAUGAUGGAAAGAAAGGAAAAGACAAAGGAAAAGGUAAGAAAGUGGAGUCCGAGGAGGAGGAGGAGAUCCUGAGUGAUGAGGAGGACGAAGACUUCAGUGAAGAAGAGGAAGAUGAGGAAGACUCAGAGGAUGACAGGCGAGGGAAGGGGCGAGGAGGUAAAGGGGCCAAAGGAAAGAAAGGAGGAAAGUCUAGACCUGUGGAUUCAGAAGAGUAUGACGAGGACGAAGAGGAGGACGACUACGAUGAUGAAGAAUACGACAAAAAGAAAUCAAAAGAUGGCCGCCACCAUAAGGGUGGGAAAACAGAUGCUGAUGCAAAGAAGAAGAAAGGCAAGAAGAAGGAAGAAGCUCCACAACUUCCAAUAAAGGAAAUCCCAAAGAAAGGUCUGAAGAACAUGUCCAGGAUGUUCAUGAAGUUUUCUGGCUUCAAGAGGCGAAGGAACAGCAGGAAGAAGCUGAAAAGUACAUCCCGUUUGUUUCUUGGUUUGGGGAAGAGAAAAACCCGCAUUGCUAAGAAGAAACGCCGCAAGUCAAUACUGAAGAACACCUCUCGAUUCAUGAUGAGGUUUAAGGCCAGCAAAAAGAAGAAAAAGGAGAAGGACGACAAAGCGAAGGAAAAUGGCGGGAAGAAGCCAACUUAUAUGCUGCUUCGUCUAGGAGGAGGGAAAGAUUCAAAUAAGAAGAAGGGAGGCUUCUUUAAAAACUUAUUUGGAAAAAAGAAUGGUGACGGGCCUCCCGACGACUUCAAGAACAGAAGUAUGUUGCUCGGUAAAGUUGCAGCAGCAACCAACUGGCUGACCAAACGCUUCCUGUCCACUAAAAUGCAAGGCAAUGCAGGACACCAUGGCUUCGGCGGAAAAAGAGCACGAAGCCGAUAUGCCAGCUCCGGAGGUCAUCUCCAUGGUUACCAAAACAACGGUUAUGAGCAUGGGGAGGAGGCUUAUGGGUAUGACCGCCGACGGAAAGAUUAUGAAGGCUAUGAUGAUGACUAUGGUGGUUAUGAAGACGAACCCCCUGCAGCAUAUGGAAGCCACGGUCAGUUGGGUUACUAUGAUAACGGAGCAGGGGUAGCAGACUAUCAAGACCUGGGUUACUAUGAGGAAGAAGGACGCUAUGAUCCAAAUGCGGAAUAUUAUGAAGGGGAUUUUUAUGAUGAUGGCAUGCAGGACUACUAUAAUGCCUCCCCUGAAGGCUAUUAUAACAACCAGGAUGCUUAUUACCAUGGUUAUCAGCCACAACAGUCAAUAGCAAUGUAUGGUGACGAGGGUCUUGACUACUAUGCAAUAAUGGGUCAAGACCAUUUGUAUGGUGGGGAGGUUGAUGGUUUCCUUGACCCUCGGGCUCAGGUUUAUUACGAUGAAAAUGGACAAGUAGUUUACUACGGUGAUGGGCAGAGGGGUUACUUUGACAAUGGGCAGGCAGGUUACUAUGAGGACCCUUAUGCAGCAACAAUGGGUAUACAAGGGGGAUUUCCACCAGACCAUCAACUCCGUUAUAAUGACGCAGGCAUGCCCUACCACGAGUACAGCUCCCAGCAGGCAGUGGGGAUCCCACCAGGGGGCCAGCCGUUCUCUGGCUUUGAAGGUCAGGGGGUGGAUCAGGUACAGGGCCAGUAUGGGGACCAAUAUGCAGACCAGUAUGAUCAAUAUGGGAAUGAUACCGGUGGAGUUCAGACAGGGGAGUUGACAUUUAGAGUUCCGAGACCUCAAGUGCGCCUGUUUGGGAAAGAGCGUUUGGAUGUGCCCUUGCCCCUUCCACCUACUCUGCCCCCUGAUCCAGAAUUUGAAGACAUGUCAGAAAUCCAGUAUGAAGACCAGUACCCUCUCGCACCAGGCCAGCUUGGUGACAUGAUGUCAAUACAGCAGCAAAUAGGAAUGUCACCACAACAGAUGAUGAUGUCUCCUCAAGAACAAAUGAUGUUUUCCCAACAACAAACCAUGUUGUCCCCUCAAGACCAAAUGAUGAUGUCCCCACAAAUAAUGUCCCCCCAGCAACAGAGAAUGUCACCACAGCAACUGAUGAGGUUACCAAUGCAGCAGAUUAUGUCACCAGAGCAGCAGAUGAUGUUACAACAAGAACAAAGUAUGUCUGCCCAAAUGAUGCCGUCACAGACACUGAUGCCACAGCAACAAAUGAUGUUACCACAGCAACAGAUGAUGCCCCAGCAAAUGAUGUCACCACAGCAGCAGACGAUGUCACAGCAAAUUAUGUCGCCACAAGAACAGAUGAUGCUGCAGCAGCAACAUAUGUUGUCUCCGAAAAUGAUUCCACCACAGGUAAUUUUCUGUUGAGUCCUUGAUUUUGUAUCACGAUACCCUUGAACGCAGGGUAACCAAAGUGCGACUUGGUUAACUUUCAACCUGAUUUUUAUGUAUACUCUGGAGUGAAUAUGUGAAAAUGCAAAGCUACUUUAGAAGGAGAGUGAUAAUAAUACUGGAGUCAUUAAAAAAACAGAUUUUUUUGAUAUAAUUAAGUGUAGUAUUUGUGGCCACUCAACAG